AAAGUCGCCUGGGUCGUCCCUAUCUCACUGAGUUUUGACAGUAUAUUGCCCCCAUCUGUCGGAACCCGUUUCCCCAGAUUAUGUACUGAUUAGCGCUGCAUGCGCGCGUUUGACUGCCGAACGACGCUUCUUUACUUUUCCCUAUACAAGGGCAUUCGGCAAUAAUCUUGGGGCCACACUUACUAAACAACAUUCUCCUACACAAGCCACAGGCAUUUAUACAAGACAAGGACUACUAGGGAAGGCUGGCAACCAAUCUUCGUAUAGUAUCUAGUAUCUCCCUUGCCUACUACGACAUCCUGAGAGGCGUUUGCCGCCGCGCGGCAAUCGUCUCCUGUAUCUGACAUUGUCAUGUCAGACAAGAUGUCUAUCGACAAGAAAGAACAUUCGAAAGACGAAUCAGAGGAGUCUAUUGGUUCGAGUCCUGAGAAUGACAUUGGUCCAUUGAUUCCGCCGGAAAACCAGCCGGCAAAACGCAAAGGAGGACGCAAGCCCAUUUAUGCUACUUCAGAAGAACGAAAGCAGAGAAAUCGCCAGGCACAAGCCGCGUUUCGAGAACGCAGAACAGAAUAUAUCAAGCAGCUGGAGGAGACGAUCAAAGCCCACGAAUCGAACCUAGCUAGUUUACAGGCAGCUCAUCGUAGUGCCGCAGACGAAUGCUUGAUGCUUAGAUAUAAGAACUCGCUUCUCGAACGAAUUCUCCUCGAAAAAGGUAUUGACGUCCAAGCUGAGCUACAUGCCAAAACCGGCAGUCCAAACCUUGGUCCAACUCAUAUGCCCCAGAACAUGGUGCAGCCACCUCCGAUGCCGCGAGCGAUACUCAACAGACACCAUCACGCGCGCAGAUCCGCUUCCAGCAUCGCCCCCAAGCUCGAGCCUGGUGUUACCUCUUUAUCUCAGCCUACAGGUGUACAACAGACUAUAGCCUCGCCCAAGACGCGGCCGACCCCCCCUUCCCAUGCGGCCUCUCCUACUAACCCUACACCACCCUUUGGUAACCAAACAACAGCCUCCCCCGCCCCUUCAGAUCAUACAAACAUGCGUACGACGAUCCCCCCGCCGAUGAAGCCACAGUUGGCACCUAUGCCAGGAAUGGCUGUCGCAGCACGGCAGCAGAUGAUGCAACAACAUGCUGCUGCUGGCCCUCGGCCAACAUCAUUUUACCCGACGCCAUCGUUCCAGAAUCAUUUCCAACAGCUCGGCAAGCUGACCCAACAAGAGUACGACGCGCCGACCGAUAUGAUGGACGAGCCUGAGCCGGACACCCCCGGUCCUGGUCCGUAUCCUUCAGCUUUCCAAGUCUCUCAGCAGCACGGCAUGUCUGUGCAGCCAACAACAACGGGACCGCCGGGCCAACCAUCGAUGGUAUCUGGGGGGCAGGGCAAUCAAGCGCAAAGCCAAACACAGGGCCAGGGUUAUCCGAGUAUGACUCAAUUACUAGAUCCGGCUUUAGAUUGGGACCCGUUCGGUCUCAGCGCAUCUAUGGCCUUUCCGACCCAAUUUUCCUUUGACACAAGCAACAUGAGGUAG